UGCAGGGCAACUUCUCUUUUGCAAUCCUUGCUGGUCUGACAGGCUCCUACAGAAUUACAUCACUUCCUAAAAAACAGGCAAACACCUCUCCUUCAAGUUAGCACCGACCCAAACAAGCAGGAAACAGGAAAUGUUCAGGUUUCAGGGAGGCUGAAGCGCAGCGCAGCAUCAUGACGGGGCGGCGGCGAGCGGACAGGAAGGUUCCCGGGGCUGCCCUCGCCUUUGCCCUGGCGAUCACGCUCCUUCCCACCGGCCAGGCUCAGGAAAACAUCACAAGAGGCCUGGAGACAGCAGAUGAAAAACCAGGGGUCAAUUCCAAUUUUUUUGAGGAAACAGAACAGUCAGCAGAUAUGUCCCUGGAAGAGGAAAGAAGAUAUGAAGAUUCUAAUAUACAAAAUACAUUUGAUACAGUGACCACAGGAGCACUCACUGCAAAUUCAAGUUUCAGCGACUUUGACGAGGAUGAGAAUCAGUUAGAGUUUGUAUUAAUGGUGUUGAUCCCACUGGUUUUAUUUGCUCUCCUAUUUUUAUCAGUGAUAAUCCUUAUAAUACGCUAUAAAAGAAAAAAAGCCAAACAAGAAACUUCUAGCCGAGGAUCUCAGAGUGCCUUACAGACAUGUGAACUGGGAAGUGAAAAUAUCAAAGUCCCCAUUUUUGAGGAGGACACACCCUCUGUUAUGGAAAUCGAGAUGGAAGAGCUUGACAAGUGGAUGAACAGCAUGAAUAAAAAUGCUGACUGUGAAUGUUUACCUACUUUAAAGGAAGAGAAGGAAUCAAACCACAACCCAAGUGACAAUGAAUCCUGAAACUGAAUGGUGCUAAUGUUUUCCAAGAGAAGCCGCCCCAGAGGGAGCUUGCUAGCCUGCCAACAGAGGAUGAAGAGGAUGCAAAUUUAAUUAAUUUCAAAUCAACGUAGACACAAGAACCUUUGCUGUUUCUUCCAACGCCCACUCUUCCUAAUGAUGGCAUCACCUGUACUUGGAAGAAUGCACAAUUGAGCAGCACUAGGAAGAAGCUUGGCUGCCGUCCAUGCUAGCUGCUGAGGGAGGAGGAACCACAUGGUAUCCCCCUCUCAUCAGGGCCUCUUCCCUCCCAUCCACCCGCCUCUCACUGCCUGUACUCACUCUGGCCAUGCUCUCUAGGUCUUACCUUUCUACUUCACUCCUCGGAGUUUAAAUCAGGAAGCUGUUUUAUAUAUGGCUUCCUUCUGGGUCACCUUGUUACCGAAUUAGCUCUGGAUAAUUUCCUCUGAUUAGUCAAGUCGUCUGAUAGGUCAUCUGCGUUCAGCAGGAACUUUCCUCAAGGCAAGUUACAUCAUGGGAGAGACAGAAAACAAAGCGAGUGGUUCACUGUAUACAUCAUCCCAGGGGCUUGGUAAGCUCACCUACCUGCCCAGAAGACAUACGGAGAGAGUCUGCCAUCCUGAUGCUGUUUGGUGCCUUGACUCUGAGUUGGCCGGACCCUUUGGGACCUUCUCUGAGGAAUUGGAAUCUUCAGUGAGAGAGCAAAGUGAUUUCCUUCUCAGCUAAAAUCACCUGUCGGUUCACAUUUUCCCCAGACCUCAUUCUUGCUCUCACCACACCUCCCUUGCCUAUGGUAUGUGAAUAGGACAUGUACACAGGGGGAUCAGCUGUCAACCUUCUUUGUUCUUGAGAUCCUUAAGGUCAUUUGAAACAAACAGAAUAGGAAUAGGAAAUACUUGUGUCUGUGGCAGAUAUCACUCAGUGUACUUUCCUAUCAGGCUGGGACAAGCCUCGUGUCCUCCUCUACAAAGCUCUCCAGGAGGCCACAAUCAGUCCAUCGGAGAGGACAUUCUCCGCCAUAUUUGUUGACACCCUUUACAAGAAGCGGUGGUGCAGUAGGGUCUGCUUAUCAUUCCCAUUCACGUAAAAUCAUUCCUCAUUUAAUCCCUAAUUUUCUCCUUUAAAGCAAUCUAGCAAGUUGGGAGUCCUCAGAUCUUCUACACACCUGAUAUUUUAUUCUAGGAAAGAAGUAAAGAAUGAAAACUUUAUUUAUUUUAUUCUCUACAUAUAAACUGAGGGGAGAUGAGGUUCACCAAACAUUUGCUGCUGAAUUUGGGGUCUUGCGUUUGAAAGGCCGCCUUAAUGCAUAACAAAAACGGCCCCUCUCCCUCCUUUUGGAAUCCCUCUGUCAUGCUCACCUUCGGGACUGUGCCCAUACUUUUAAAGGCAGAGCUCCAAAGCUAGGGAGAUCUUUCCACACAAUGAAAGAAAACGAUCUGGUUGUGUUUAACCACGGCUAAUUCUGCUAUCCUGAGACUUCAUACAGCUUUGGCAAAAGACAGUCUUCGUGGUAUAUAAUUUCAACAGAUUUAUCUGUCAUAUUCUCGUUAGUACAUCCUAAUACGGUAUUUUUGUUUUCACUUCUGUUAUGUACAUUCAUAUUCAACUUGUGGUCCACAGUGACUCCCAGAUACUUAUGCCAAAAUUGUCAUUUUCUGAAUCAUCGUUUCAGCCUAUUUUGUUAAUUUUGUUCCUUCUCAACAUUUUGACUCUCAGAAGACUCUCUGAUUGCUUCUUUCUCUCUCUAAGCAUCCAAGAUUUGGGGGGAACACUGAGCCCUGUCAAUUUUGUCCAAGACCAUCCAAUAAUGUGACUUUAGAAGUUCAGAGAACUAUAAGAGGACUUGGAAUCUCAUUUUGAUGAAGCAAUAUUUUACGAUACAAUAAAAAUACUCUCAUUUGGUAUUUAAAAUCGUUUCAAAUUCCAGAAGCAAGCUUCAGCACUAUGCCUUUCAAUUUAUCUCUGAAAAAUGUACUAACUUCUGUAAUUGCACAGUAUACAAGCAUUUUUUUUAAAGUUGUUUUUUUUUUUUUCCUAGCAAGAUAGAGGAACCAAAGCAGUGAAGGGUCAAUCCUAGCCUCCUGUAUCUAUUAAUUACUGUUCAAUCAAUAGGUGUCAUAUAUUUAUGAUAAUUUUAAGAAUUGUUUUAAACUCAAAGUUAAUUUUAUGUUUCAGAGAUUAUUGUCUAUAAACAGCUAAUUAAUUUUCCCUUAAUUGGGUAGCCAAUCAGAACAAAAUCUGACUUGGGGAUAUUUUAAAGAUAUGUAAGUUUCACUGCAUUUUUGUACAUUUUAAGCAAACCAGGUUAAUAAUGUUGUCGAGUCGAACUUCUCAGGAAACUUGUUUUAAUAAAUAUGUAAGGAUAUCAACCAGCUACUCUUACUGCAA